UCGUGAAUCCGCACGCACGCACGGACUCAGGGUCCAGCAUCAACGAACGGCCUCGCGCGCGCGAUCACUUUUCCACCCCCACGCCCACGCCCACGCCCACGCCCUGUCAAUCAUGCAUAAGCAAGCGCAUGCGAGCGAUGUGCGAGGUGCGAGGUGCGAGGUGCGAUGGCGGGCGGAUCAAGUCACGAGAGAAGAAGACCCGACCCACCUCUUCGAUCGUAGACUCACACUCAGGACUCACACUAUUCCGUCACCAAAAGGAAGUGCAGCUAGCUACGUCAGACUUCACCCGCUCAUCAAUCCACCGUGCGAUCACCUGCUUCUUGUGGAGCUGUUGGGGUUAGGGUUAGCAUUCGAUGUGAUUGCGACAUUACGCACCACACCGCACCGCACCGCACCGCAACGCACCGCAACGCAUCGCAUCGCAUCGCAUAGUGAUUUGCCCCACGCAUGCAUCGCAUCCACAAGCUAUAGCUUCAUUUGUUCGUGGGUCCGACAGGCGAGCAAGCGUCAAUGCUGGCUGGCUCUGCUUGCCCUGUGGGCUCUGCUUUGGGACAUGCAUUCAGAUUCAAAUCGCUUCGAUGCAUGCCUGGAAGCGGUGAGUGAGUGAGUGAGCCCCUUGAAGACUCACUGUUGUGACGUCGGCAAGCUUCGACGUCGUCACUUCCGGCACUCGUGACUCUUUGCAUCGAAUUUGCACAAAUCUCAGAUCAGGGUUGCCCGCGCCCGCCCUUUCAUCGACCAGACUCGUGUG